AUGCCAUUUAUCACACAUGGAAUUGCACCACCGGCUCCCCGGGGCAUAUGCACUAAGACUAUGCAAUCACCAACAGCCACACCUACCGCACAUCAACCAAUUCAUGAGAAGACAAACAGCGCUUUGCAGAUCGGGACAGUUGCAAAGGAGGGAGAAAGCGAAGCUGUCGAGAUUAGCGCAUAUCCAGUUGUCAAGCUGGAUACAGACACGAUUACGGAUGAAACAGCUGGGAGGCUUGCGUCAAGUUUGCUCGGGCACGUAUUGUUCUUGAAGAAUCAAGUGCCGUUCCCGGUGCAGCAGCUCGGAAGGAUCCCAGGAGGCCAGACGAACUCUCGCGCCUUCAAGCAACGGACAGAGUUGUUGUCAUCUUACGAUACAAUAUCAUCUCAUCUGGACACGACGUUCUCAGCAUUGUCAACAGCAUUAGCACGCAGCUCACGUCACACGCAACGCAAGGUGGCCUUAGCGUACCUCGCUAUCCUUGUUGGGCCGAGUAUAGGAACAGCGAAGUCGAAGGUUUUCCUCGGGAUUGAUGGCCUGGAGAUGCGUGUGUGGGGCGAAGACAGGGUGACGGCCCAGAAGACUAAGGAACAAGAGAAAGAGGCAGGAGAUGACGAUGAUGACAGCGAGGUCGAGGGUGGGAGUGAAGAUGACAGUGACGACGAAGCUAGUGAAAGCGCAGAGGAGCCAGAAGACAGUGAAGAAGAAGACGAAGCAAGCGACGAAGACCAGAGUAUCGAGGAUGAGAAUGGGGACGAAUCCGACUCGGGGAAUUAUUCCGUCACUGACAAUCCAUCUCCGCCGCCGCCAUACGUCUCUCACGCAGAGCAGCAGCGAUUCCUCCAAAAUGCUGACCGCCUUCUAUCUCGCAUCCUAGCUACUGCCGACGCAGGUGGAAAUGGGAUUACCUCCGAAAUGACCCCGACGCAGACACAUGUUCUCAUACGCGCCCCCAGGCGGUUCGAGCACCCUGCAUGGAUCCCGCGUCAAAAUAUCGCAGCUUCUCUCGAUGCGGCCCUCAGCGACUUCUUGCUCGGAACAGGAAUAGAGGACCCAGACCUCGAGCUGCCGUCCGCGGGUGUUCCCAAGCAGAAUAAGAGGAACAGCAAGGUGGAAGGCGUCUGGAUAGCGCCUCGAACGGGUAUUCGGCGACGAUCAUUACGGCACGCGAAUCCAACUUCGAUCGAGCACAACGAUGCGCACCCGGCGCUAGACAUGAAGACACAAGACAGUGAAAAGGUCGACGAGGGCGACGAGAUGAUCUGGUGGAGUUGGGACGGGAGAUUCGUGGGGUUUGCCGACUGGUGA